GGGAGAGAGAGCAAGAUAAGAGAGAGAGCAAGGAGAGAGAGCAAGAGAGGGGGAGGAGAAAACAUGCAAUAGAAAUUGUCAGGUCCAGAGACAGAGAUCGAGAGAGAGAGAGAAAGAGAGGAAGAGAGGAAGAGAGAGAGAGCCACAUACAUAUGGUAAGGGAGACAGAAACAGAGAACAAGCGUGUGUGUGUGUGUAUGCGUGAGCCAGUGUGUGAGUGUGUGCACAGAGGCGCAUUGACAGCAGCGGAGAAGGAGCAAUGCUAACAAACGGCAGCCGUGAGAGAAAAGGAGCACAGUGACGCCACUGGGGGAGAGAUAACGACUGAGUGGAAGAAAAGAAGAGAGGAUGAAAGAAAGACAUCAAUGAAGACCUGAGGCUCUGAGACCAGAGAGAGAGAGAGAGGAGAGGAAGAUACCCAGAGAGGCAUCACAGGAGCACACGUAAUUACACAACCUAUUUGACUGGCUGACUGACAGGCAGAGAGAAAGAGACAGGAGGAGGGAUGGAGAGGGAGCUGCUAGAAACUGCUGCUCGGCCACACCGCAGACGACAGGGUGAGAGGGAGAGAGUUUGAAGGACGAAGGGAACCGACAGAGGAGUUGAAGAGGUGGGCUCCACCACCAGUCUCUGUCCUCCAUCACUGUGACUAAAGGAAGGAGUGACGCAUCCAUUCUUCGACAGCUCAGCCUCCAUCUUACCUUCCCUUCCUCCCUCCACCUCCAUCGUUUGUGUUCUCAGGGUCUCACAGACAGGAAUGAUCAGCUUGCCUCCGUCGCUCCUCUCCUCCUCCUUCUCCUCCUCUUCCUCUGUCCCUCUGGCAAAACACCUUCUGUUCUACUCUCAGACGAACUGAGACCAAUGGGCCAUGUUAUCAGCUUCACACGCACAUGGAAGCUUUACCCUGUAACAAGACUAUUGUCACCUCACAGCACAGUAAUAUCCAAAACCAACAACAACAACACACAGCAAGGUGGUAAGAGAACUGGGAGACGAUAUGUUACGACAGGACUAAACAACAACACAGGUAACUCAGCCAAAGAGGACUGUGAGGACGACAGUCACACCAUCUGACUGUCUGAGGCCACUGCUGUCACUCUGAACCGCUGAGGGACAGACAGACAGACAGACAGACCGUGACGAGGACAAGGUCUCCCUAGAGACCUUUAUCAGCUACCCUAGUGGGAGGACUCAGUUUGAGUCAAGCACCCCUUCCUUAGAGGAAUUCAGGAGUGGUUUGUUAAGGAGCAGGGGAUUUCCAUUGCCUCCUAAAAAAAGACCUCUGCCUUAUCAGACUCCAGUCAAGGAAGCCAAAGGACACAAAACCAUAUUUGACCAAGAGGAGAGAGAGAGAGAGAGAGAGAGAGAGAGAGAGAGAGAGGAGAGAGAGGAGAGAGAGAGGAGAGAGAGAGGAGGUUCCAGAGUUUCUACAGGUUGUUCUCACACACAAGGCCAUUCCACAGCCUCAGAAACAGGAAGGAAGUUCUGGUUUGAGCAGCAACAACCUAGAAACAAGCAAGCCCCGUUUGAGUGAGUUUCCCCUGGCAAGCCACAGGACGCUGUGUGAGACAAUACAGAGUGAACUACUACUGGACAGCCUGUGCUGCUUGAGCUCUCCAUUUUGAGAGAGUAGAACUCUUCACAACCUGGUUGUGAAAGUGUAUCAUAUUAGUAUCUAUAUAUGUACAUAUAAGAUUAUUUAUUGGUGUUAUCACUGAAAACAUAUCUUUGUGCUGAUGUGUUGAGUCCUGUUUGGUGUUCAGCUGUUACUGUGGUUGAAUAUCCAGUACAUAUCUUUAUUGUAUAUCUAAGACUGCACAGACUAGUUUUAAGAGGACUAACUACCAGGCUCGGACUGUUAUCGUUGUCUAUCAGUAGUGUUAUCAGCGGACAGUGUUUCUGUGUGAUAGGGAAGUCUGUUUCACUGCUCCAGGUUUGAGGGCUCUGGCUUUAGUCCUCAGUCCUUCUGUCCCACAUAAAGACUCAGGGUAACAGCACCACAGACGUGGGAGGCCUUCUAAUUGAAACAAUGGACAGAAUCAUACGUCCCCAUGUCCCCUCUAAUGGCUGACUUUGACACCCCCAGUUCACUUCAGAGCCCCGCCCCACACCCAACCCAAGCCAGGGGCAUUGCCCGCUGAACCACCCACAGCCCCCUCUCUCUAACAAAGACACAGACACACAAAUAAGCUUAAUGUCCAUGUCCUGCCUCAGGCGGCAGCCUGUGACAAUCCCCAUGGAUACCGUCAAGAUCAUCCAGUCUGAAAAGUUCCCCCGGGAAUGCACGGUGCCAGUCACCCAGCCUUGCUUCACCCCUCCCCCGCGGGUGGCAUGGGAUGGAGGGGGAGAGGGAGAGAUCAUUGUGAACCAGGCGUGCAGUGACCUAGCCCUGGAGAUGACCUGCACUGACCUGCCCCCAACCAGACCCAUGGUCUCAUCUCCCCCAGCUCCCAUGGGGCGCAGGGAGAGCUACCUGGCCCAGCGCAAAGCCAGCACCGCAGAGAUCUGCUACCACCAGUUCCACUACAAGAUGGAGGACGUCAUAGUCAACCAGUAUGUGCUGCGUUCUUCUUCCACCUCCUCCUCCACCUCCUCUUCCUCCUCAGGGCCCGUGAUGCCUUGUGAGCCCCUGGACUGCCCCACCUGCGGCCACACGUACAACUUUGCAGGCAAGCGUCCACGCAUCCUCUCCUGCCUGCACUCGGUGUGUGAGGAGUGCUUGCAGAUCCUCUACGAGUCCUGCCCCAAGUACAAGUUCAUCUCGUGCCCAACGUGCAGGCGUGAGACGGUGCUGUUCACUGACUAUGGGCUGGCUGCCCUGGCCAUCAACACCAGCAUCCUGAGCCGGCUGCCCUCUGACCCCAAUGGCCCGGUGCAGUGGGGCGGAGAGGCCGACCGGAGCUGCUACCAGACGGUACGCCAGUACUGCCAGUCAGCCUGCACCUGUCAGAUCGCCAACCCCCUGUCCUCCUGUGGCAUCAUGUAGAGACCUAGGCAGGGGCCAAACUGGCAUGCCUCCUCUCUUCUCACAUACAUACAACCCGCCUUCUGUCUUCUCACACACAUACAACCCGCCUUCUCUCUUCUCACAUACAUACAACCCCACACAGAUGUAUCUCUAUAUUUAAUAGCACAGAUGGAUGCGGUCUGGGUCAAAUGGAUCGUGAAGGACACUGUCUUGCAGACGAAAACAGGGAAAUAGCAAAUAAAUGUAUUUUAUGUAUGAAGUAUGAAUCCUAUUCCCCCUCUCUUGUUCGGAUGUGUUUGUCAUUGACAUCUCUUUACAUGGGAAUGCUAGGGGAGGACUAUCCCCUCAACCUUGGUCAAUAAAGAAUAAACAAAUGAUUUUAAAAAACCCA